AUGUCGCUCCCACUGGGAGACGGGAGGGAACCGAGGGCGAGGCGAGAGCGACCCGACAGCGAGGCAAUAGGCGAGAGCGAGGCGAGAGCGAGACAAGAGCGACCCGACAACAAGGCAAGAGGCGAGAGCGAGGCGAGAGGGAGCCGAGAGCGACCCAACAACACGGCAAGAGGCGAGAGCGAGGGCGAGGAGGGGAGCCGAGAGCGACCCGACAACAAGGCAAGAGGCGAGAGCGAGGCGAGAGGGAGCCGAGAGCGACCCGACAACAAGGCAAGAGGCGAGAGCGAGGCGAGAGGGAGCCGAGAGCGACCCGACAACAAGGCAAGAGGCGAGGGCGAGGCGAGAGGGAGCCGAGAGCGACCCGACAACAAGGCAAGAGGCGAGAGCGAGGCGAGAGGGAGCCGAGAGCGACCCGACAACAAGGCAAGAGGCGAGAGCGAGGCGAGAGGGAGCCGAGAGCGACCCGACAACAAGGCAAGAGGCGAGAGCGAGGCGAGAGGGAGCCGAGAGCGACCCGACAACAAGGCAAGAGGCGAGAGCGAGGCGAGAGGGAGCCGAGAGCGACCCGAAACAAGGCAAGAGGCGAGAGCGAGGCGAGAGGGAGCCGAGAGCGACCCGACAACAAGGCAAGAGGCGAGAGCGAGGCGAGAGGGAGCCGAGAGCGACCCGACAACAAGGCAAGAGGCGAGAGCGAGGCGAGAGGGAGCCGAGAGCGACCCGACAACAAGGCAAGAGGCGAGAGCGAGGCGAGAGCGAGGCGAGAGCGAGGCGAGAGCGAGGCGAGUCGGUAGACCUGCAUCGUCGUCCUGA